CCGUCCCUGCCAACGGCCAGUCGAUGGAAGUUGUCGGGACGAGAGGGCUGGACACAACACUCCCUUGGCGGUGGCCGAUCCAUGUAAAUAGCAACUGCGUCAGGAGAAGCGUUGUCGUAUUCCAAACUGCCUCCUUUGCUGCUUGUCUUCAUCACACCUCACGUGUGCGCAUGGAAGACCUCCUGAGGAAGACUGCUUUGCUGUCAAUCCUCCUCGUCGCUUUGCUGAUCGUGAUUGUGGUCCAACUGUGCCAGUUGCUGAGGCACUGUCGGGCCCGUCCGCGGAAGAAGCAAACGAAGAAGGACUGCGGAGGACGCAGGGCGAGGAAAGGGAUGGGCGAUGAUAAUCUCCAUGGCGGGCACAUGUAUGGGAUGGGGUCUGCCCCUACGAACGGCGUUCCCAACGGAAUGUGCAACCGAUUCGACCCCGCAUUGUACGCCCAUCUGCCGAGUUACAUGCAGCCCUUGCCAGAUGAAGAGGACUGGGUGCCGCCCCCUUCAACCCUCCCUCUCGCACGGGGGUCCACGCAGACCUCCUACGAGACCGGGGGCAGAUCGGGUGAUCGCGGCACUGGGAUGGGUCCGAUGUCCACGUUGUUGACGGGAGGGGGGGGGGCGGGGGCGGAUCCUUUGCAACUGCACUUGUCGCCGUCGUGUAGUAUGGAUGCUUCAAGAACCGUCCUCGUGGAGCACAGCAGUCGGUCACAGGGCGGUGUGUUGGUGACAAUGCAGGACGCCCGAGAAAACGGACCUCAGACACAGCGGCCGGCGAGGUCAUCGUCUGCAUGCACGAGCAGCCACAGUCGACCACCGGGCUUCAGAACUCCUCUCGGCACUGGGGUUCCGCACGCUGUUGUGAACGGAAGAGUGACGACGGCGACUGCGGCAGAGUCCCCCCAAGUGAUAGAGAGGAUCAUAGCGCUGUACUCAAGGAUGUGUUCGGACGUUGAACGCGAUGAUGGAGGUGACACCUGCGCUGACGGUGAGGAUGUGGCGGAGGCUAUGUUGCACGGUGGCCGCGGCCGGCGGCCGGCGGCCGGGACCCCCCUGACCACGGCCGGGCCGGCCAAGAACUUUCGGCCGAUGCCGCUGCGAAUCAGGGAGGGGGGUUGGGGGGCAGGGAACGGGUCUCGAGUUUUGCUCACGCGCGUUGGAGACAGUUGGUCACAGCGGGGAUCCACUUCUGCUCCUUGCUGGAUUGCAGUGCAGAUGGAGGUUGACGUGGCGCUGCGGGGGAGGGUCUUGGGUCGGUUCGUCAUCUUCUACGAGAUGCGGCACCGGCGGGGGCAGGAUUACAGUAGGGAUUUCGGAUUCGAAAAUGGCGUCUUCAGGCAUGAAGUGCACCAUUACGAGAUCGACGCCGAUGAAGACACGUGCCUCCAUCUGACACUCGACUUCGGAUUUGGCAGAAGUCUUCUGCGGCAGGUGGUGGUCUUCGCGCGAAAGGUGGGGACAGCCAUCCCCAACCCCUGGCCAUGAGGCGUCGACGUGUUGGUAGACAUCAUCGACCUAUUCAGCUACAACAUGGCGAUGGGGUACGCCGACCGCCUCCACGAGC